AAAGCAGGCUGGCUUUUCCGAGAUGAAAUGGGUAGCUACAAAGGAGCGGGACAGGCUUUAGGAUUACCCACUUCAUGUGUUUUAGAGAGUGAACUGCAAGCUUUAAUACUUGUGAUGCAACAUACGUGGGAAACAGUCUUUAACUUUGGGAGUUACAAUUGGAUACGUGAUGUGCACUAUUGGCAGAAUCGAUUUACGGCAGUGGUGUUCAAGUGGACACCGAGAACAACCAACCACCACGCGGAUGUUUUGGCCCGACUUAACAUUCCAAAUAACAGUAGUUUUCAGUUUUAUAAUUAUGUUCCUUUGUUUCUUGAGGAAUCCUACUUUAUCGUAUAAGAUAACCUUU